CCCCCAUUUGACCCUCACGAAAACAAUGUUGGGCGGCGGCCAUGUUGAAGUGUCAUGCUAAUGUUUUGGGAUGUCAGUGACUAAAAUUGGACCCUAAAUAUUCGCACGUAGCUUCAAGACGAUUCUAAGUUUGCUGCGAACAUCUUUAGCACUCAAGUGAAGAAAGUCACAGAGUCUUGACGCUUUCAGUAAGGUCCCAAAGUCCGUUAGCUCUGGUUUAGGCUUGCCGCAAAACAGGUGCUCUUAGCUGUACUGUUUUUAGUUUCAGUUCCGCAAAAAAUUAUUGUUCUGUGCUAAAAGUCACAAAGAAAGAGGAAAAUGAAGACUGCUUUGGUCGUCGUGUGUUUAGCUCUUCUUUCCACCGUAGUCAUCACAACAGGUGAGAGACUGAAUGACUUCAUAAGUCACUACGAAGGACUCAGGUACAGUACAGGGACUCUACAGGCCAAGCAUGAGAGGGUCAGGAGGGCGGCUAUGGGGGAGGCCACACAUGAGGAUGUGCACCUCGCAUUCUUUGCACAUGGAAGAGAUUUCCACCUACAACUUUCACCAGACAACAGUAUGUUCAGUAAAGAUUUCCAACUGGAAACAAGCAGAGGUGUUCAACAGAUAGACCUGUCUCAUAUCUACUCUGGCUAUCUUGUUGGAGAGCCUGGUACCACCAUGUGUCAUGGCAGCAUCAUCAAUGGCAGGUUUGAAGGGUUCAUCUACACACCAGAAGGGGACUACUACAUAGAGCCUGCAGAACGCUACAACACCAGCGCUGACUUCCACUCUGUCAUGUACAAGGCGGAGCAUGUAGAGGACCCCCUGCCAGGACAGAAAACGGGAUGCGGCGUCCACGGAGACUACACGCUACACGAGCCCAAAACUGACUUCCCGCCCGAAGAGGUUGAUAAUGAAGUUAACCACCACGAGUACAACAAGUACGCUGAUCCCCACAAACGCUACCGUCGACAGACAGUACCCACCAAGAACACCUGUCAGAUCUACAUCAUGGCUGACCACAAGUUCUACGCAUAUUACGGUACAUGGGAAGCUGCAGUGGCCCAGCUUGCAGCCCACGUGAAAGCUGUGAAUGCCAUCUACAGACCACUGGUACUGGACGACAAGACUGGAUACGGCAUUGAAGUCACCAGAAUCAGGAUCAACACCACGGAGGAUAGUUUAGAGACUAACAACCCCUUCAGGCCGGAAAACAUUGGUGCAGAAGCUUACCUGGACCUGCUGUCCAACUACAACCACAACCCCUACUGUCUGGCCUACGGGUUCACAGACAGGGACUUUGAAGGAACUCUGGGACUAGCCUGGGUCGGAAGUAUUUGCUCCAGGUACCUGAGUUACAGUGGAAGGCACCAGUCCAGGAACACAGGCCUUGUCUCAGUGCAGCUGUAUGGGAACCAUGUCCCUCCUAAAGUCUCACACAUCACAUUUGCACACGAAGUCGGGCACAGCUGGGGAUCUCCGCAUGACCCCGAGGGUGCGUGCUCCCCUGGCGGUGAGCUGGGGAACUACAUCAUGUUUGCCCAGGCCACGUCUGGUGACAAGUCCAACAACAACAAGUUCUCCUCCUGUAGUAUGGACAGUAUCCGCCGAACAGUCGGGUCUAGGUCACAGAGAUGUUACAAAGCUGCUGACACUGCCAUCUGUGGUAAUGCUAUAGUAGAGGAUGGGGAGGAGUGUGACUGUGGUUACCAGGACCAGUGUGAUAAGAUGGGAGAUGCCUGCUGUAACGGCCAGUUUCAGGAGGGCUCUGGCAUCGCAUGUACCCUCAAACAGGGCGCAACCUGCAGCCCUAGCCAGGGAACGUGUUGCAACACAACGUGUACGUACAACCCCAGCUCGUUCCAGUGUGCAGAUGAGAGGGAGUGUGCCCACAAGUCCUACUGUUCUGGUGUCAGCUCUUCCUGCCCAGACCCUGCUCCCAAACCUGACCUCACCACCAUGUGCAGCGAAGGGACACGGGUAUGCCUGGAUGGGCAAUGUAGUGAGUCGGUGUGCCGCCGGUAUGGGUAUGACAGAUGUGAGUGUAAGAGGAACGCUGAUGGCACAAACGAGGAAGAACUGUGCCACGUGUGCUGUCAACAGCAAGGACAACCAGAGACGUGCCGUAGCAGCAAGUAUUUCCCAGAGUUCAGCUCAGAGUCCCCCCUGACCCUGGAGCCGGGUAGUGUGUGUGACGACAACAAGGGCUACUGUGACAACCUCAACCGCUGUCGGGAGGUCGACAUCGACGGUCCGCUGGCCAGGAUCAAGAAACUGGUGCUGUACGGGGCUUCUGAUUGGGCCAAGGACAACUGGUGGUCAUUCCUACUGUUAUCAGUAGGGAUAAUCAUGCUUGUUGUUGGCGUGACAUGUUGCCUCAAUGCCGUCAUCCCCAAUAGUAUCGAGGAAGCAAAAGCCGAAAGAGCUGGACUACGUUAGAAUAGAACACUAUUCGCUAAGUCGAUCAUGAAUUCUAAACAAAUUAUACAUGUUGUACAUGAUUUUUGAUAAGUUUUGACACAGCAUACAUGUAAUUGAAGGAGCAAAGCAGAAAGAACCAGGCUACUGAUCAUGAAGAUGACAUAUUGUACAGUGUACAAAAUACUUUUUAGAACCAGUUUUCCCAGUGGGCAACCUACGGCAAAAAUAGGUUGCCCAUC